AUGACCAGCAUGGAAGUCGACCAAAACGCUCCAGGUCCCUCAAACCAAAACGCUACCAACGAGGUCAAGAAUUUAUCGUCUUGGGUCUUUUCUUACAGCUAUGCCGAUUCCUAUGCCCACUUUGGCAUUCACGAAGAAAUGUUGAAGGACUCUGUCCGAACGGGAUCAUAUCGCUCUGCCAUCGUCAACAACCCCCAUCUCUUCAAAGGAAAAACGGUCCUCGACGUCGGAUGCGGCACUGGAAUUCUCAGCAUGUUCGCUGCAAAAGCUGGCGCAAAGCACGUCACUGGUAUCGACAUGUCCAACAUCAUCGACCAAGCACAAAAGAUCAUUGAGGCCAACGGCUUCAAAGAUACGAUCACUCUCGUCAAGGGUAAACUUGAGGAAACAGAACUCCCGUUGAAGGAAUACGACAUCAUCAUCUCCGAAUGGAUGGGCUAUUUCCUGCUUUACGAAUCGAUGCUCGAUACCGUUCUCCUUGCCCGCGAUAAAUACCUCAAAAAGGGAGGCUUGAUCUUCCCUGAUACCGCCAUCAUGUAUAUCUCUGCGAUUGAGGACCAGGAAUACAAGGAGGAAAAAAUCAACUUCUGGGAGAACGUUUAUGGCUUUGACUACUCGUGUAUCAAGGACAUCGCACUCCGAGAACCUUUGGUCGAUACCGUCGAACUCAAGGCUGUCGUGACGGACCCUUAUAUGCUCAAGCACAUCGACCUCCUCACUGCCAAGAAGGAAGACCUUACCUUCGAGGCACCAUUUACCCUCAAAGCCACCCGCGACGAUUACAUCCACGCCUUCCUCGCCUGGUUCGACAUCUCCUUCGAAUGCACACACAAAAAGGUCAAGUUCUCAACGGGACCUCACGCUCAAUACACCCACUGGAAACAAACCGUCUUCUACACGCCCGAAACCAUCACCGUCAACAGGGGCGACACCAUCACCGGCAAGGUGACAUGCGCACCCAACAAACGCAACCCCCGCGACCUCGACAUCGGCAUCUCCUACAAGCACGAAUCCGAACCAGAGGAACGCUUCGUGCAAUAUAAGAUGUCUUGA